AUGGACCCGAGCGGUGGCGCCGCCGCCAGAUUCCGCAUCCGGAGAACCACUUCCUCCUCCUCCGAUCGGUUUCUCGACGUCUUCACUCUCUCUCCUCCCCUCUCCUCCGCCGUCGGCGACGACCUCGACGAAGACGACGUUUUCUGGACCGGCGACUUCGCCGACCACAACCAUUCCUCCACCUCUCAUUCCACUUACUCCUCUCCUCGCUCCCAUCAUCACCACGGCGUCGGCCGGGCGGAGAAUUUUGGCAUCCUCGCUGCAUUGCCUCCGGUGACGGAAUCGGAUCAGACUCGCUCUGUUUUCAACCACAAGGCUUCGACGUCGGUCUCUUCGUCGACGUCUUCGACUUCGUCGUCGUCGAGGAUGAUUCCGAAGAAACCGCCUCUGGAUCGGAAUAGCUCGUUGAAGUUCCAUCAAUCGGCGCCGGUGAAUGUGCCAGUGAUGACGGAGGCAAUGCGGAGGAGCCGUGAGAUGCGCCAAUUCGAUGAUAUUUAUGACGAUGAUGAUGAUGAAGUGGAUGGUGAGAUGCUACCACCUCACGAGGUCGUUGCUUCGAGGCAGUCACCAUUGGUUGCCUGUUCUGUUCUUGAAGGUGUUGGAAGGACUCUUAAAGGGAGAGAUCUGCGUCAGGUUCGGAAUGCGGUGUUUCGGAAGACAGGUUUUAUUGAUUGA